GGGCCCCGUGGCCCGCGCUCUCGUCUGCCGGGCGCCGAGGACCCGCGACCCGGGCUCUGGUGGGGCGGGCUGUUUGCACCCGAGGGGACAGGGAUGGCGACUUGGGCCCGGUCUCUCCCAGGAGCUUUGUAUGAUGGGAAACUGAGGCACACGGGGUCCCCGGCCAGUGACCGAGGUGUUGACAGAGCCCAGCCUCCAUGCCCGCCCCGUGCGCGCUGGAAGGUGCGGGGGGACGCCUGCGACGCUGUGAAAAUGAACACGAGAAUGUGAACUCCCCGUGUGACGGCCCCCAGCCGCCCCCUCACGUUCCUCCCACCCGCUUUGUCUCCACCGCCGGCCGCCAGUCUGUCCCUCCUCACUGAGGACGACCUUCUGAUCCAAAGAGGCCUGGGCCCGGGUUCCCUGACUUGGGUCACCCCGAUCUCCAGCUCUCCUGUGCUUGCCGGGAACCCGAUCCCUGCACCGCGUCGCGCCCGCAGGAACUUUUCAGAGUCAGUCUGUGUCUCAGUGGCUCCGCACGUUCCCCAUCCGCGGGGGGCACCCUGACAGGGACCGAGCUGGGAUCCCCGGCGCGGCGCUGCCUUUAUCCUCACGCCGCGCAAGACCUCCACCGAAAUUAGGGAAGAAUGCUUUUCGUGGUUUAAAAAGUAUAGGAUCGUAUUGAUUAUCAGGCCCCCCAAGUACGUGCUUCGGAAAUAAUGCUGCAUUAAGGUAGGCGUGUGGGCCAUUUGGAGAAUUCUCGCAGACGAGUUUUUACAUCACCGCAUUUCUGCCAAAAGUGAAAAAGCUCUGUACAGACUCCUACCUAUUUAUCUAAAUAUGGGGAUUGCUGACGAUCGAUGUCCAUGGGGAGGGGGGCUCUCUGAUCCAAAGGACCUUUUAACGUCCUGCUGCAGAAACCUCUGAGGCCCUAUUUUCUCCCCCGGGACCCAACUUUCGCCUUGUGUUUCUUUCUUGGAACUCUGUCGGACGGCUGUUCUCAGGGGGAAAGUCGCUUGUUUUAACACUCGGAAAGUCGUAGCCUGUCCCUUGUUUCUGACUGCGCAGAGCAUGAUGGCGGCGGCGUCCGAGGUGGCCGGUGUGGUGUCCAGUGCCCCCAACCCUCCAGAGUCCUCCUCUAGCUUAUGUGCUUCCGCCUCAGACGAAGGUCUCCCGGACGGUCUAAGCCCCCAAGACCCUGCCCAGAAGCACAAGAACUCGCCUCUGUCGAGUGUAAGUAGCCACACGACACCCAAGGAGAGUAACAGAAAUGUCCGUGUGGAGCGGCCAGAGCAGGACCCUGGGUCUCCAGCCGGCGACGCGGCGGCAGCGCACCGGGCGGUGUUAGGAGAGAACUUGCUGGCCACGGCCCUGUGUCUUUCUGGCGGGGGGGCCCCGUCUGAUUUGAAGGACGUGGCCAACGCGGCGGCAGAGGAGGGGGACGUGUGCCUCCGGGAGAGCCUCCGUCCCGUCGCUCGGUCACUUAAGGCAGGGUGCCGUGCCCAGCAGCGUGCCUCCGGGAGUUGUUCGGAAGAGAGAUCCCCAGCAGCCUCCGUCCCAAAGGAAGGUAGCAGGGACACAGGCUUGGAUUUCCGACCGGUAGUGCCUCCCGCAAAUGGGGUUGAAGGAGUCAGAGUGGAUCAGGAUAGCGCUUCCCUGAAGCUUUCUCAGAACAUUGCCGUCCAGACCGACUUUAAGACGGCCGAUUCAGAGGUAAACACGGAUCAAGACAUUGAAAAGAAUCUGGACAAAAUGAUGACAGAGAGGACCCUGUUGAAGGAGCGGUACCAGGAGGUCCUGGACAAGCAGAGGCAAGUGGAGAAUCAGCUCCAGGUGCAGUUAAAGCAACUUCAGCAAAGGAGAGAAGAAGAGAUGAAGAAUCACCAGGAGAUACUGAAGGCCAUCCAGGAUGUAACAAUAAAGCGCGAAGAAACAAAGAAGAAGAUAGAGAAAGAAAAGAAGGAGUUUUUGCAGAAGGAGCAGGAUCUGAAGGCUGAAAUCGAGAAGCUCUGUGAAAAGGGCAGGAGAGAAGUGUGGGAAAUGGAACUAGACAGACUCAAGAAUCAGGAUGGCGAAAUAAAUCGCAACAUUAUGGAAGAGACAGAACGGGCCUGGAAGGCAGAGGUAAGAAGAGCAGACCCCAAACCCUGUCUCUGUGGUGGGUCCUCUCUCUCCAAUAAUUGGCUUAACGAAGGCUGGAGUUGGAGUGAAGCAGACGACUUCCGGCCCCACCUCCUCCUGCACCUGGCCCGCCCUCUUCUCGCCAGGCCUGGGAGCCAGACGCUGGCCCGCUGGCCUGAGAGGCAGGAGCAGGCCUGCUUCGGUUCUGUAAACUCCUGUUGGUCUCUUGAAAGGUCAACCCCCCCAACACUAGAGACCGUUCGUUCCAAACAGGAGUGGGAGACAAGGCUGAAUGGAGUUCGGAUGAUGAAAAAGAACGUUCGGGACCAGUUCAACAGUCACAUCCAGCUGGUGAGGAGCGGGGCCAAGCUGAGCAGCCUCCCUCAAAUCCCGACUCCCACUUUGCCCCCACCCCCAUCAGAGACAGACUUUAUGCUUCAGGUGUUUCAGCCCAGUCCUGCUCUGGCCCCUCGGAUGCCCUUCUCCAUCGGGCAGGUCGCGGUGCCCAUGGUCAUGCCCAGCGCAGACCCCCGCUCCCUGUCCUUCCCCGUCCUGAGCCCCGCCCUCUCCCAGCCCGGCCAGCCGUCCCCGCCCCUCCCUGGCUCCCACGGGAGAAGCAGCCCCGGCCUGGCCUCCCUCGUUGGCCCCCACGGCCCCCACACGCCCCCCGCGGCUUCCAUCCCCCCUCCCCCCGGCCUGGGCGGUGUCAAGGCUUCUCCUGAAGCUCCCCGGCCCCAGCCAGUAGACAAGCUGGAGAAGAUCCUGGAGAAGCUACUGACUCGCUUCCCACAAUGCAAUAAGGCGCAGAUGACCAACAUUCUUCAGCAAAUCAAGACGGCCCGGACCACCAUGGCCGGCCUGACCAUGGAGGAGCUGAUCCAGUUGGUGGCCGCACGGCUGGCGGAACACGAGCGGGUGGCGGCCAGCACUCAGCCGCUCGGUCGGAUCCGGGCCUUGUUCCCUGCUCCGUUGACCCAGAUCAGUAGCCCAGUGUUCUUGCCUUCUGCCCAAGUUUCGUAUCCGGGAAGGAAUUCACAUGCUCCAGCCGCCUGUAAGCUGUGUCUCAUGUGCCAGAAGCUGGUCCAGCCCAGCGAGCUGCAUCCGAUGGCGUGUUCCCAUGUGCUGCACAAGGAGUGUAUCAAAUUCUGGGCCCAGACCAACACAAAUGACACUUGUCCCUUUUGUCCAACUCUUAAAUGACGGACCUGACUGGGGAGGAAGAAGAGGAGACACUGAUGUGAACAGGAAGCGCGGGUUCAAGAUUUUAAAACUAUAUAUUUAUACAGUGACCUGUACUCAUCCAUGUACAUUUUUAUUAUAUAGGUAACGUGUGUAUAGAAAGUCUGUAUUCAAAUGUUCGUAAAUGAAAGUAUGUAUAUUAUGCAGAAAUGGUUGUCCCCUCACCUUGCAAUCCUUUGGGGGAUGCAGAUUGUAGGUAAGGCGAUGCUUAGUUUGCCCUUGAAAUUAUGAUAUUUUUGCCUAGGGCUGUUUUCAAGUACAAUAUACAAACCGUCUCGGAAGCUGCCGCUGCCCUAAGGCCAUCCCGCUUUGACUUGGCUCAGCCUCUAGUGAGUUUUCUUAAGGCCCAUGUAUGCAGAGUUGAACCCUGGUGCUCACCCGCUGUCUGACCAGAUGCCUUGCUUACUGAAAGCCUCCGGAAGCCUCAGUGUUGUUCUAGCCACUCUACUCCAAAUGGAUAAAAUGAGAUCGAUUGAGGAAAAAAAAUGUAACCCUAAUAGUUUGAAUUUUCGUUGAAUAUUU